CUCUCUCCUACUUUUUAGAAUAACAUCCUCUCAAUCACCCACUUCUCCUUGACAUUUUCAUUUUAUUUUUACAAUUUCUCUUUCAACUUUUCUCUUGAUCUCUAUCAUCCACUUUCUCGAUUCUCUCUCCAUUCCUUCCAGAUUCCUUGUGCUGGAGAGGAAGGAGAGACUCGCGAUAAGAUUUCAUAUACCCUUCAUUACAUUUUUUUUCAUCUUAAUCAUAUUCACAUCAAUUUUUCUUUAUUGUCGUCGUUGAUAUUAUUGUGAUCAUCACUAAAUAUAAUUUUUGUUGUAUGGAAUUCUUCCUAAAGGCAAAAGUGGUGCGCUUACGGAGCCACCAUGAUAAAUAUAUGUUGGCGCAUGAAGAUCAAGAAAAUGUUUACCAAGACCGAAACGGUUGUUAUGAUAAUGCAAAAUGGACCGUAGAGUUAUUGGAGAGCAAUAACAAUAAUGUGAUAAGAUUAAAAAGUUGUUAUGGAAAAUACCUAACGGCUUCAAACAUGCCUUUUCUUUUGAAAAGCACAGGUAAACAAGUGUUGCAAACUUUACCUAAAAGAUUAGGUUCAUCGGUUGAAUGGGAACCUUUUAGGGACGGUGUUCAAGUAAAACUAAGGACACGUUAUGGACAAUAUCUUCGUGGAAAUGGAGGAUUACCACCUUGGAGAAACACAAUAACCCAUGAUAUUCCGCGUAGAACCGCAACGGUAAAUUGGAUUUUGUGGGAUGUUGAUAUUGUGGAACUUAGACCAAAAGAAGUGGGACAAGUUCCUAAGCCCAGGCCGAGGCCUACACCUAUUAUACCGCCAAAUCGUUGUUUGAAUAAUCCAAUUACAACAACAAUGGAUAACGCAUUUCCUUCGCCGUCUCCUUCACCGCUUACGGAUUCUGAUAAUGGACCCCUCGUCAAGAUUGAUCUAAGGUCUCCUCGAUCACCCGAGGCUCAAUCUGAAUAUUUUGUUGAUCCAUCUCCAUCGCCAAUGAAAGAAGGAAGGGUUAUAUUCUACGACAUUGGUAAUGAAAAUGGUGAAGUUAUUGAUGCAAAUAAAGGAGCAUUCUUCACCUUUAAAGGAAGUUCUUUGAACGAGUUGAAGGAGAAAUUGAUGGAAGAAACUCAACUAGUUGAUAUUCUUGUGUGUUGCCGCAAUCCUUUGAAUGCUAAACUUUACCCCAUUCUUAUACAUCUACCUCCUAACAACACUGAUUUGCAUGUUGUUGUCGUUCCUUCUUCGUUUAAAGCCAAUUGAUGCAAGGAGCUCUAACAAAUCUGCACAUUUUUUAAUUAUAAAUUUUAAGUGUGAGAUUCGAAGUAUAAAGUAACAAUUUCAAGCCGAAAAAAAAUUAAGACUUAGCUAUUUGUAAUAUUUGUAAUAAAAUAUGUAAACUAAAUUUUUUUAUUUUUUUAUUUUUAAUGCUUUACUAUGAA